GUCUGGUCCAGGCCUGACCUCAUCCGGGUCCCCUCCUUUCUGGCUGCAGGUGAACUGCAACUCCCAAAACCAAGGCCCCUUCCCAUUGACCCCUGCAGUAUCUUCAGUUGGUCAAGGGGCUCCUCUGUGCCAAGUCUUGUAUAGCAUUAUGUUAUUUAACCGUUGUAAUGUUUUAUUUAUUGUAUUACGGUGUAUUGGCAUUAAUUGCCAGUUUUGUAAGCUGCCCUGAGUCCAACGGGUGAGAAGCGCAGGGUAGAAAUAAUGUAAACGAAUAAGUCCAGUCCCAGUCCAUUGCCAGAGGGGGUCACAGAGUCAGUGAAGGUACUGCAAGUCCCGUCAUGCGUGGCCAGUGUGGUCCAGAUGUAUUUUUGGUUGGGUUCACAGUACUGUCUGGAUGUCGGUCAAGUACAACUCUUGUCAAGCAUGGAGUGAAUUCUCCCCAAACUUCUCUAGUAUGUUCUGUUGCUGAUCAAGUCCUCUGUGAACUUUGUGCCACAGGAAAGGGUAGGAAAGGGUCAAGGGAGAGGCGGUGGGUGGGGUCAUGCAAAUCAAGGAAGCCUGGGGUGUCCAUUCUGGAGGAGAAACAACAUCUAGGAGGAAAUAGUCCCCGCAUGAAAUCCUUGCUUCCCUUGGGUGGGGGGCAGGAUGGUGUCUGUGGGGGACACGGGCAGGGUCUGGGCUGCAUGUCCGUGGCACUCGCUGUAACCUGCGUGUCAGUAGAGGGAGGGCCAUGGGUGUCUCCUGUGCCAAGUCCGGUCCCAGUCCAUUCUCUUUGAGGGUUAUAGUUUCUCUGGAUGUGGGUCCUAGCCCAUUAUCUGGUGGGGGUCACAGUGUCAGUGAAAGUACUGCAAGUCCCAUCAUCCGCGGCACGUUUGGUCCAGACCCAUCGUAAGUUGGGUUGACAGUGCUCUCUGGAUGAUGGUCAAGUACAAGGUCAGGAGCUCAAUCCGACGUGGGCUUCGAACCCUUGGCCUUUCUUUCGGCCAGCAGUGAUCUCUUGUGUCUGGCUCUUAACCAUCUGCGCCACCGCCCGGUCCCUCCUCCCUCCUCCCCAGACCCCCCUUGGGUGUCCUCUGGGCAUCAUGCCGGGAGGAGGGCGAGGCAGGCUGCAGCCGAGGGUGCUCAGAGGGCUCUCAGCCGCCUUCCUCGUGCCUCCCUCGAGCCACCCUCCCGGUAUACAGAUGGGGAGGAGGGUGAGACACGCAGUGGCCGGGAGCGUGCCAGAAGGUUUUCUCUCUGCUGCCACGUGCCUCCCUCCCCAUAUUCUUGGCCUAAUGCCAAGAGUAUAGGAAGCAUGAGGAGGAGGGCCAGAGGGAAGCGCCCAGGGGGUCACAUCCACACACACACACACAUACCCCCGCCUUACUUUGUCCAUACCUGCCUUAGGGGGAGAAAAACAUUCUAUACAUGUAGUAAAUAAAUAAAUAUACUCUGCAUUUUGCACAAGCCCUUCUCCUACCUUCUCGAAUCUGAUCGUGCCCACUUUUUCCACUUACUGGUCGGUUGAUGUCGGUUUAUUAUAUAGUUUUAUGGUGUUUUUACUUUUUCUCGUUUCAGUUAUUUUGAUUAUAUUGUUUACUUGCUAUACGUUUUUUUAAUUGUGUUUUACCUUGGAAUCCUUGUUUAUGCUGGGCUUGGUCCCCAUGAAAGCCGCCACGAGUCUCUUCAGGGAGAGAGAUGAUGAUGGGAUAUAAGAAUGAAAUUAUUAUUAUGUAUACACAAUAUAUAGGUGUCAAGUGCAAAUGCAGUUGUAAAGUGUAGAGGGUGCAUGAGCAGCAUAGGUAUAGGGGUCUGAGCUAACUAAAGUGCAAGGCAGGCAGCGGGGAUUAUGAUCGCGAACUAAUUCAGUAUGGUGCAAUAUGGUUUUAUAAUGUGCCAAGGCACAUGAUAAACUUAGUAAAUUUCUCAUGCUCAGUAAGACAUUUGUGAGGCAUCUUCCAGGACAGGACUGGACAGAGUGGAUGCCGUUCUUCCCCAGGUUGGGCUUUAAUGGCUUAGAUUACUACGGACAUGUUCCUACAACCUUGUACACAUAACCCGUGUUUCUCUCAAUCGCCUUCACCUGCUGAAAACCCUUUCUCCACAACAGAGGGUAGGAAAUAGAGGCGGAAAUGGACAGGGUUGGAAAGGGCUGGGCAGGAAGGAGAGUUUCCCGACUGAGCUGUGCCUGUGAAUUUGCAUGCCGUCCUGUGGCUCAACCAAGGGAGUGAACAGCCCAACGGGGACUUAGUCCAGGCGAGACCAGCAUGCCUAAAUGGGGUGUUGAAUUUGCCAGGCAGGAAGGCAACGUCUUUGGCCUGAAAGGGAAUCUAGACGUUCAUGAAAUCAUCAAUAAAGGGAUCAUUGUGCCUCUUAAUAUUUAACUUAUGCUGGUAAUUCACGGAAACCCAUUAUUCAGAGUGAAUGACGCCCCGUCUAUGGUCUGUCUAACUGUCUGCCUUGUGCUUCUUUAGCCGUGUUUAGGUCAAGCCAACAAAAUCAAUGUGGCUCUUUAGUAUUGUACGAAGGUCCCUUUUUCUUCCGUCCGUCCCUCUUUCCUUCCAUCAAUCACUCAUUAUUUUCAUCCUCCCUCCCUACUUUCCUUCUUUCCUUCUGAAUCCAUCCCUUAUAGUUCAUAAAUUUGUGAUCACCUUUGGUUGUUUCUGUGUGUCCUUGAGACAAAAUGAAGUUCAACAGGGACAAAUGCAAGGUACUUCACUUCGGCAGAAAAAAUGGAAUGCAAAGAUACAGAAUGGGGGACGCCUGGCUCAACAGCAGUACGUGUGAAAAAGAUCUUGGAGUCUUCGUGGACAACAAGUUAAACAUGAGCCAGCAAUGUGAUGUGGCAGCUAAAAAAGCCAACAGGAUUCUGGCCUGCAUAAAUAGGGGAAUAGCGUCUAGAUCCAGGGAAGUCAUGCUACCCUCUAUUCUGCCUUGGUCAGACCACACCUGGAAUACUGUGUCCAAUUCUGGGCACCGCAAUUGAAGGGAGAUGUUGACAAGCUGGAAAGUGUCCAGAGGAGGGUGACUAAAAUGAUCAAGGGUCUGGAAAACAAGCCCUAUGAGGGGCGGCUUAAAGAACUGGGCAUGUUUAGCCUGCAGAAGAGAAGGUUGAGAGGAGACAUGAUAGCCAUGUACAAAUACGUGAAGGGAAGUCAUAGGGAGGAGGGAGCACGCUUGUUUUCUGCUGCCCUGCAGACUAGGACACAAUGGAACAAUGGCUUCAAACUACAGGAAAGGAGAUUCCACCCGAACAUCAGGAAGAACUUCCUCACAGUGAGAAGGGCUGUUCGGCAGUGGAACUCUCUCCCCCAGACUGUGGUGGAGGCUCCUCCUUUGGAGGCCUUUAAACAGAGGCUGGAUGGGGUUGGGGGUGCUUUGAAUGCGAUUUCCUGCUUCUUGGCAGGGGGUUGGACUGGAUGGCCCGUGAGGUCUCUUCCAACUCUACUAUUCUAUGAUUCUAUGACCCUUCAUAUCUCCAUUUCUAGGUAGUUCAAUUUUCAACAUGAGCCAUGAAAGGAAAAGAGGAUAGUCUUGGAAAUAAAGGAAGUUUGCAGCUUCAUGUUUAACCUUUUGCUUCUUCUUUCUUGAUCAGGGAAACAAAGACCCUAUGAAGGCAUAAAAAUAAAACAUCAGUAUCUAGUGGAGACUGAGGAAUUUGGAAAUCAAAGGGCAAUAAUGAAAGAAAUCCUGUGGGAAGAAGAAAUCCUCUCUAGGUGCCAAUCUUGUGGAACUCAAUUUUGACCAGAAAGAAAAAGAAUACUCACGUGCCCAUAUCACGUAACUGUUGACAUGGAGGAGAAACCCUAUACAUGCCUUGAGUGUGGAAAGCACUUCAGUUUGAGGAGCCAUCUGCUAUUGCAUGAAAGGACUCACACUGGGGAGAAACCCUAUACAUGUCUGGAGUGUGGACAGAGCUUUGCUCAGAAGGGACACUUACAUUCCCAUCAAAGGACUCACACUGGGGAGAAACCCUAUACAUGCCUGGAGUGUGGACAGGGCUUUGCUCGGAGGGGAAACCUAAAUUCACAUCAAAGGACUCACACUGGGGAGAAACCCUAUACAUGCCUGGAGUGUGGACAGAGCUUCGCUCGUAGUUCAGGACUACGUUCACAUCAAAGGACUCACACUGGGGAGAAAUCCUAUAACUGCCUGGAGUGUGGACAGAGCUUCGCUCACAGUUCAGCUUUACAUAGACAUCAAAGGACUCACACUGGGGAGAAACCCUAUCACUGCCUGGAGUGUGGACAGAGCUUCGCUCACAUUUCAGCUUUACAUAUACAUCAAAGGACUCACACUGGGGAGAAACCCUAUCACUGCCUGGAGUGUGGACAGAGCUUUACUCAGAAGGGAUGCUUACGUUCCCAUCAAAGGACUCACACUGGGGAGAAACCCUAUGAAUGCCUGGAGUGUGGACAGAGCUUUGCUUGUAGUUCAGGACUACGUUCACAUCAAAGGACUCACACUGGGGAGAAACCCUAUAUAUGCCUGGAGUGUGGACAGAGCUUUGCUUGGAGGGGAAACCUAAAUUCACAUCAAAGGACUCACAUUGGGGAGAAACCCUAUAAAUGCCUGGAGUGUGGACAGAGCUUCGCUCAUAGUUCAGCUCUACGUUCCCAUCAAAGGACUCACACUGGGGAGAAACCCUAUAUAUGCCUGGAGUGUGGACAGAGCUUUGCUCGUAGUUCAGGACUACGUUCCCAUCAAAGGACUCACACUGGGGAGAAACCCUAUAUAUGCCUGGAGUGUGGACAGAGCUUUGCUCGGAGGGGAAACCUAAAUUCACAUCAAAGGACUCACAUUGGGGAGAAACCGUAGAAAUGCCUGGAAUGUGGACAGAGAUUUUCACGGAAUGACAUUAGACAUAAACAUCAUGGAAUUCACCCUGGAGAGAAUGGUGUUAAUUGACCCCAGGGUGUCAUUCAAACAUGUACAAAAGCAACGCUUGCAAAUUUUGGAAAUGCGAGCUCAAAGUUGGGACUUUUCUUGCACUGGCAAGAGUAUGGAAAGGAAAGAGAACUCCAACAAUAGAAGAAUGGAUUUUAUAAGUCCUUGACAUUAUACAAAUGGACAAUCUAACGCAAAAUAUAAGAGAUGGGAAAAAUAAAACGGACUGGACAAACUUUACAGAAUUUAUGAGAAAAAGAAAACUGGACAUUGAUAUAGAUCUGUCUUACAUAUAAAGAACAUACUAACAAAGGAGGAUUGAAAUAAACAAACAGGAAAAAUCAGGAAAGUGAAAGAACAUUCUCCAAAGCACAGAUGGGAAGUCAACUCACUAUAUGUAUGUAUGUAUGUAUGUAUGUAUGUAUGUAUGUGUAUAUAUAUGUAUGUAUAUAUAUACACACAUAUAUAUAUAGUCAUUUUCCUUUUUUUCUUUUGUUUUUUUAAAAAUAUUUUUAUAUUCUAUAUGUGUGUGUGUGGGUGGGUAUAUAUAUACACACACACACACCUUUUUUCUUCCCUUUUCUUUGUCCUCUGUAAGCUAUUCACUCUACCUUUCUAUCUACCUAUACGAUGUUCUCCCACUUUUGAUGUAAUAUACCACAUAAAUCAAAUAAAAAUAUACACACAACAAA